AUGUCCUCCAUGGUCUUAUGCAAAAACUUUAUCUUUAAUAACCCGAAGCUGCGGCGGAGCUCCUUUUAUCUGCACAGAAAUUCGUCAACAUUAGUUUCUCAACUGGGCGAUACAAGACGGAGGUUUGCCGCCGGGUUCAUCCCAAAUGCCGGGAAACGAAAAAGGGAAAGGAGCUGGUGGCAGAGAUUCUUUUUCGACGAGGAUGGCAAUUGGCUUGGUUUGAAGGAGGAUGACAUGCUGGUGGAGGCGGAGGAUGACUUGGAGAUGGAAGGGUCUGAUGAAGGUGAGAAAUUUGAGGCGUGGAAGACGAGGGCUGAAGCAAUCGUGGAGCUGAGGGAAGCACAGCAAGAUAUGACGAACGAGGAGAAUCGCAAGUGGGAGGACUGGCUUGCGGAUUCUAAUUCUACUUCCUGGGAAGCUGUGCAGUCGGAUCCUACUCAAGAAAAGGGCUUGCUUUACUCUCUCACUGAUUUCGUUCUUAGAAAGGAAGAUGACGACGACGACGACAUGCUCUAUGAAGACCGUGUUUUCCGCUAUGCCUCACUCAAUUCGGCUAAAUUUUUGGCGGUGUUAAUAAUUAUACCCUGGGCCUUGGAUUUUGUGGUUCACGACUAUCUUCUGAUGCCUUUUUUAGACAGAUAUGUGAAGACUGUACCACUUGCUGCAGAAAUGCUUGACGUCAGAAGAAAUCAAAAGCUUCAAAUGGUUGAGGAAUUAAAAAUUGAGAGAGCAAGAUUUCAUUUUGAGAUGGAAAUUGGUAAAUCUCCACCGCUUUCUGAUGAGGAGGUUUGGUGGGAAUUGAGGCAUAAAGCGCUGCUAAAAACCUUUAAAUUCUGCAAAAAGUUAGAGUGGAGAUUUAAGCAAUUAAGCACCCUAAGCAAUGCCAUGCAUGAGUACGAGGAUAGUGGAACCAUUUACCUCCAGAGAAACUCUACAAGCAGUCUAAGUGGGAUUGACAAUAAGGUACAGGGUAGAGGAGAUGCAUUAAAUAUGGAAGAAGUCUACAGAGCGUGA